GCUGCAGCCUGAGCCUGUGCCUGUGCGGCUGUGCCCCGUAGGUCUCUAGUCUCCCCAUCCGGUACAAUUUCAUUCCUCUUCUUCUCCCGACUCCUGACCUGAACGCGGAUCUGCCGCCGUCGCCGUAGCCUUAUAGCGUCGCCGCCGACGCCUGAAGACCUCGCCACCAGCCCUCCCCCCAUCCCCCCCCCCCCCCUUCCGCCCCUACCCUCUGCCCCACCCAAUCUCCACAUCUCUCUCGCGCUUCGCCGCCGCCAUCGCCGUCCCGGUUCUUCCUCGCCGCGAAUCGCUUCCCUGCUGUCUCCAUCCCCUUCGGAAUCUUUGGCCAUUUCCCAUUGGGCUUUGAGCAGGGCUGUCAGUUCAACAAAUCAAUAAGGGAAGGCUGAUAGGGUUGCUGAGAAUGUGGGGGACCAAUUCACAAGAAUGAUGUCCACUGCCUUAAGCAGAAUUACAGUAUCAUGAAUUCUGAAGGAAAUGCCAGAGUAAAAUGGUCAGAAGAGGAAAAUGAGAUACUCACUCAAAUGGUAAACAAACAUGGGAUGAAAAACUGGCAAACUAUUGCGCAUGCUAUACCUGGCCGAAGUGCACAACAAUGCCGCCAAAGGUGGAGAUACAAAGUAGAUUCUGCAAUAAACAAAGAGGCGUGGUCACAACAGGAGGAGUUGAGACUGAUUCGUGCUCAUCAAAUUUAUGGAACUAAGUGGCGCGAAAUGGUCAAACAUUUUCCUGGGAGGACGAAUGGUGCACUCAAGGACUACUGGAGAGGUCCUAUGAAAAGAAAACUGGAUUCAUAUUUGGCAUCAGGAUUGCUUGAACAACUUCCAGACGUGCUUGAAAACAUGUCUGUUCCACAGAACAGUGAUUCAGAUAUUCUGAACGAGACUGAAGGUUUAUUCGAUAGGAAUGAACUGCCAUCAGGUCAACCAACAAGUUCCAAAUCUAAACCGGUCCUCACAGAAAGAGGUGAAAGUGCUGAUAUGUCGGAGGGAAAAAAUGCUGACUUCAUGUAUGUUAGAGCGGUUGAUGCUCAUUCAGCCAAUGCCCCUCAAAAGAUAAUUGUUAGAUCGGAGCAGCAUGCAAGAACCAGGAGGAAAUUGGAUAUUCUGUCAAGCCCAGUGGAGCUGAAGGUGUCCACUGUUGCAGUAAAUUCUGAAAGGCCUUUACAGAAAAAGGAACAAAUGGGUCCAGCCGUUAGUGGUAUAGAUCCAUCAAAUGGAUGCCUUGAUAUUUCACCUGAAGUCCCAUCACAAUAUGCAAACACACUUGUAUCACCCAAUGGUAGUUACCAGCCCAAUGAUGUUCAUUCUGCGGGAACCUCAGACCCAUGUUCACCAGAGCUAGAUAUAUCAGAUCUUAUGGAGAUGUCAUACUUUGAUAGCUUCAUGAUCUUUCCUCCUGAUUCUCCACAUGAUGGUAACUCCCUGUAACAUGAGAAAAGUGACACUGACAAACUUCAGAUAUCUUCACUUUGCACUCUUUUGGCUGAAAAGCGAUGUGCUAAACUUACCAUUAGUACUAUCGUCCUGUAAACUCAUAGCUCUUGUAUGAUUAUUGUCUUAUGUUAAUGAAAAUCUUAGCUGGGGAAAUAAGAACAAUUUUGUUGUCAUA